AUGUCUCAGGCUUUACAGACCGUAGUCCUCAAAGUUGGUAUGUCAUGUGAAGGAUGUGUUGGAGCAGUGAAAAGAGUUCUUGGAAAAUUGGAUGGUGUGGAAUCAUAUGACAUUGAUUUGAAGGAACAAAAGGUGGUAGUGAAGGGAAAUGUCCAGCCAGACACAGUUCUGCAGACCGUUUCCAAAACCGGGAAGAAGACAACCUUCUGGGAAGGUGAAGCAGCAGCAUCUGAAACUAGCACAGUAACUGCUGCCUAA